UGAUGUUAAAAAUAUCUUUAGCCCCAAUAAAAGGUUAUACGGACGGGGACCUGAGCCUUUUGCACCCAACCCGGCUAGCUCCCAAACUAAACCAACCUCUCUUUGGUUUUUUUUUUUCUCCCACACGAUAAGGCGUUAACAUGUUGGUCAUUACUACAAAGGACACAAAGAGGCGGACUGCUACUCUGUCGGCUCAAACCUACAACCUCACCCUUAGGAUUCAAACCGAGGGAAAGACCACUGAGCCAAAUAAGCCUAAGGUCUCCCCUAAGUCCACAAGUAAGCCAAAUUUAUCAAAGAGAGAGAGAGAGAGAGAGAGAGAGAGAGAGAUGAGGCAGGAGGUGAAGGAAGUUUUGCAGGAGAACAAAGUAGAUCGUGAAUCCGAGGUAUUUGGUGAACUAGUUGAGGUUGUCUCGACUAAGUCCACAAGUUUGUCCCUCUUGACUUCAAAAGAUCGUGAUUUUCUGCUAUCUCCAACUGGAACUCAGGUUAAAGUUGCGGACCUCGAAGGCAAAGUCAUAGGUCUCUACUUCUCGGCCAACUGGUACCUGCCAUGUCGAAACUUCAACGAAAUUUUGAUCAAUGCCUAUGACCGAAUCAAAACCAUUACUGGGUCCCAAUUUGAGGUUGUUUUUGUUUCCUCCGAUGAAGACUUAAACGCCUUCAACAACUACCACUCGUCGAUGCCAUGGCUAGCCAUUCCAUUUUCAGACUUGGAAUCGAAGAAAUCGUUGAACCGAAGGUUCGAUGUUGAGGGAAUCCCGUGCUUAAUUAUCCUGCAGCCAAACAAGACUAAAGAUGGGGCCAUAUUCCAUGAUGGAGUGGAUGUUAUCUACCGGUAUGGGGCGAGCGCAUUUCCGUUUACUGAAGAGAGGUUGCAGGAAUUGAAGAGGGAGGAAAAGGAGAGAUAUGAAAGCCAGACUUUGGUUAAUUUACUGACUAACCGUGACAGGGACUUCCUCUUGGGGCAUCCCACCCUUAAACAGGUGCCUGUUAAUUCGUUAACCGGGAAAACAGUCGGACUCUAUUUCACAGCCCAAUGGUGCCUUCCAGGAGUCAAAUUCACUUUAAAGCUGAUCUCCAUCUACCACAAAAUAAAGGAGUUAUUGCUGGCUGAAAACAAAGAUGACGACUUCAAAAUAGUUCUCGUGUCGAGUGACCGUGACCAAACAGAUUUCGACGCCCAUUUCAACACCAUGCCCUGGCUUGCAUUGCCUUUCGAUGACCCGAUUGCAAAAACCCUCACCAAGUACUUCGAUAUCCAAGGAAUACCGAGUUUGGUUAUCCUUGACCCGGAUGGCAAGACCGUUACCAAACAGGGUAGGAACCUGAUAAACUUAUACCAAGAAAAUGCGUACCCUUUUACCGAGGCCAGAGUAGAGUUACUGGAGAAACUAAUGGAUGAAGAGGCUAAGAACCUCCCGCCGGUGGAGAGACAUGCGGGCCACCGCCACGAUGUCACGUUGGUGUCCGAAGGCAGCGGAGGCGGACCUUUUAUAUGUUGUGACUGCGACGAACAGGGUUCGGGCUGGGCUUAUCAGUGUAUCGAAUGUGGGUACGAGGUCCACCCCAAGUGUGUGAGGGCUGUGGAAAAUAGCCCGAUCACCGAUGCUUGAUGGGCCUGCGACUGCUUGCUGUAUACUACUAGUUCGCUAAUUGUACCCGGUGAUGUAUUUGGAAUAGUUAACUUGUUUCUAUGAAAUAUGUAAAUUAGAACUAUUGCAGGAAAGGCUUUGCUAUCCCACGGAUCCACACAUUUCUUCAUCACUUUGUAAGAGAAUGGAAGGAGGAGGAAUGACUAAAGCUGGAUUUGUCCUUGUUGAA